AACUGACGGCAGGAGGACGAGAACAUCAGACACACGCAUAGUUUCAUGUCUUGCAAAGAACAAGUAAGAAAGCAGCGAGGACGUAUCUUGGAUCAGUAUCAUCAUUGCUCGUAACACACCAAGGGGGAAAACACGCCGCACACAAGCGCCUCUACAGCUUGGUUGUCGUUUUCUUUGCACCUACAAGUCAGAAUCUGUGCUGAACUGCAAUAUUUAAUUUCACGAUUGGAAUUAUCGCCUUGGCAAGGAAUUUCGAGUUCAUUCCCAAAAUUUCAUUUUGGGGUCUUGCUCCGCUCAUUGUCUCGUUGGGGAUUACUUUGUUUAUUUACUUUUCGGAGAAGAAAAGUGCAUGACUGAUGCAAGAAGAUAAAGAGAAGACUGUUUGAAGAGAAAGAAAUCCCACAGAAGACGUUCGUCUCAAUUUUGCACUCAUUAAACAAAGGACGGAUCUGAGACAGUGGGACCAGUGAGAAAAGACUAACUUUCAAUAAAUAUCUGAGCUGGGGCGUGCAAAAGUUGCCCAGACUCUACAAUCUAGCGUCUAAAGAAGAUUUAACCAAAAUGGGACGUCAACCGCUUAUGGUAGCUGCUAUCCUGUAUGUCUUGAUGUGCCAGGCUUUUGGCUCUGGCGUUUUUGAACUGAAGCUACAGGAAUUCCUCAACAAGAAAGGAGUGAUGGGCAACACGAACUGCUGCAAAGGAGGGACUGCGUCCGGCUUCCAGCAGUGUGAAUGUAAAACGUUUUUUAGGAUCUGCCUAAAGCACUACCAGGCUAACGUGUCCCCGGAGCCCCCGUGCACUUACGGAGGCGCUGUAACCCCUGUACUUGGGUCCAACUCCUUUCAAGUCCCCGAAACAACAUCAGACAACUUUUUCACCAACCCAAUCAGAUUCCCUUUCGGCUUCACAUGGCCCGGGACCUUUUCUCUAAUCAUCGAAGCGCUGCACACGGACUCCAGCGAGGACCUUUCAACAGAAAAUCCAGAGCGACUGAUCAGUCGCAUUACAACUCAGCGGCACCUCACGGUGGGAGAAGAGUGGUCCCAGGACCUGCAAAGGGGCAGGACUGAGCUGAAGUAUUCCUACCGCUUCAUUUGCGACGAGCAUUACUACGGCGACGGCUGCUCCGUGUUCUGCCGGCCUAGGGACGAUGCUUUCGGCCACUUCACCUGCGGGGAACGGGGCGAGAUCGUGUGCAACGCCGGCUGGAAGGGACAUUACUGCACCGAUCCGAUCUGCCUCCCCGGAUGCGACGAGGAACACGGCUUCUGUGACAAACCUGGGGAAUGCAAAUGUAGGGUGGGCUUCAGUGGACGCUACUGUGACGACUGCAUCCGUUACCCAGGCUGUCUCCAUGGUACCUGUCAACAGCCCUGGCAGUGCAAUUGUCAGGAAGGCUGGGGAGGCCUCUUCUGCAACCAAGAUCUCAAUUACUGCACCCACCACAAGCCCUGCAUGAAUGGAGCCACUUGUACUAACACUGGCCAGGGGAGCUACACCUGCUCUUGCCGGCCAGGCUUCACGGGGGCCAGUUGCGAGAUCGAGGUCAACGAAUGCUCCAACAACCCCUGCAGGAAUGGAGGAAGCUGCACUGAUCUGGAGAACACCUACAGCUGCGUUUGCCCACCUGGUUUCUAUGGCACCAACUGUGACCUGAGUGCCGUCACCUGUGCUGAUGGUCCAUGCUUCAAUGACGGGCGCUGUGUGGACAACCCGGAUGGGGGCUACUUCUGCCAGUGUCCCACGGGAUACUCCGGCUUCAACUGUGAGAAGAAACUCGAACCCUGCAGCUCCAGCCCCUGCACCAAUGGUGCUCAGUGCGUGGACCAUGGCACAUCAUAUUUGUGCCAGUGUCUGGAAGGCUUUGUUGGGAAGAACUGUGAUGACAGCAUAAAUAUGUGCGCCAGCUACCCUUGCCAGAAUGGUGGCACAUGUCAGGACGGCAUCGAUGAUUAUACCUGUACGUGUCCACCGGGCUACGUAGGCAAGAACUGCAGCCUGCCUGUGAGCUGGUGUGAGCACAACCCUUGCCACAACGGCGCCACCUGCCACGAGCGGGACGGCCGCUACGUGUGUGCCUGUUUCCAGGGCUACGGUGGCAAGAACUGCCAGUUUCUACUUCCCGAGCACUCUGGAAGCCAGCCAGAUGUGAAGGCACCUGGAAAGAGGUACUCGGAGUCGGGAGAGUUGCCCUGGACCGCUGUGUGCGCUGGCAUCAUCCUGGUGCUCCUGCUGCUGCUGGGUGGUGCGGUACUGGCUGUGUACCUCCGGGUGAAGGGUCAGCGUCAGGGCCAGCUGGCAGAUGGGCAUAGCGAGUCUGAGACCAUGAACAACCUGACACACAACCGGCACCAUGAGAAGGACCUUUCAGUAAGUGUGGUCAGCUCCACGCAGAUCAAGAACACCAACAAGAAGGUGGACUUCCGCUGCGACAACGGCAGUGCAGAGCGAAACAGCUACAAGGCCCGCAACCCUGCCAUGGAUUACAAUCUGGUGUAUGAGCUGAAGCACGAGGAGCUGCCUAUGGUACCGGGCAACCAUGGCAGGGGCGACUGCGAGCUGCAAGAGAAGCACUGCAAACGGCUAAAGAGUGAUGCUUCAGAAAUAAAGCAGCCAGAGUCUGCAUGCAAAGAUACAAAGUACCAGUCCGUGUACGUGAUAUCUGAAGAGAAGGAUGAAUGUAUUAUCGCAACUGAGGUCUAACAGCACGACAGGGGCCUGCUUCUUGUCUGCUCUAUGGGGAGGUUUUACUCCAGUGAAUGCUGCUCAAACCAGAGGGAAGGUUUCCUUAGUGUGAGGUGCUGCUGCGGGACUGAGACGUCAAAACUGAUAUUCAGGAUGAGCUGGUUCUCAACUGAAGCGAGCACAGCGACUGCACAGGAUGUUGGCCCUUGGCGGCCUGCUCUCAUUUCGUUUUCCAGGAAGGUGCAUGUUGGUCCUGUUGCACCGGCUGCGAGGACGGUUUUACCUCAUUGCACUAUGAACAGUUGUGUUUUUUAAUGGUAUAUCUAAUGCGAAUGGCGGCGACUCGAUCACUGUGUACAUGAAACCUGCAAUGGCCGCGGUAUCCCAACGUCGCCACCCUGGUGACGCCGCGCUGUUCAUUCUGUUCAAAUACUGUGGCUUUUUUGUAAGUUGUAUUCUUUUAUUUAAUUGUACUAUAUGUGUUCAAUUUUGUGAAUUGAUGUAUUUUGUGAAGUUCGUUUUUUAAAUAAUUUUUUAAUUUAAGAUUUUUUUUUUGCAAAUGUGUAUAAAGGCACUUCGGGUUAAUGUGACUUUUUUUUCCCAGCGGAAAUGUAUUUAAGAAGCUUUGUACAGAAUUUAUUUUAAUUGUGUAAUUACUGUUUUGUUAAUGAAAAAAAAAUCAUUGAUUAUUUUUUCAAAUAAAUAAU